ACAAGAAAUUCCCAGAAAUCGUUGUCUGGGUAGCUAACAGGGAAAGCCCAAUAAUGAAUUCAUCUGGAGUUUUAACAAUCAGCUCUGAUGGAGAUCUUAUUCUCCUGAAUGGUACGAGAGGCGUUGUAUGGUCAUCAAAUACUUCGGGAAGAGUUCAGGGGUCAGUUGCACAGCUAUUGGAAUCUGGGAAUAUUGUUCUCAGAAGGAAGGAUGAUAAUUCAGAAAGAUAUUUAUGGCAAAGCUUUGAUUUUCCAUCUGAUACGCUUUUACCAGGAAUGAAAAUGGGAUGGAACUUGAGCACAGGAGUAAACAGGUACUUAACAUCCUGGAAAGAUGACAAUGACCCCUCUCCUGGAGACGUCACUUUCAGAACAGACAAUAUUGGGAUGCCUCAGCUAGUUCUUCGCAAAGGAUCAGAAAAGAUUUACCGAACUGGGGUAUGGAAUGGAGUUCGAUUUAGUGGUACCGGUCCCCUGUCAGUAAACCCGGUUUUCAUACCCAUUUUUGUUUAUGACAAUGAAAACUUGUACUAUAUGUACAAAUUUGGCGACCGUUCACUUGUCAACAGGUUUAUGAUAACUCAAUCAGGUUUGGCCGAACGUCUUGUAUUGAACGAAGGUGAAUCCUCGUGGAACAUUUUUUACACGUCACAAGAUGAUCAAUGUGAUGAAUAUGGAGUUUGUGGUGGUAAUGGCAUUUGCAAACUCGGCAACACACCAAUUUGCAAGUGCUUAUAUGGAUAUGUUCCUAAAUUUCAGAGAGAAUGGGAUGUGCAUAAUUGGUCCAAUCGAUGUGUGAGGAGAAUUCCCUUGGAUUGUCAGCAGGGAGGAUAUUUAAAGGUAAGUAAUGUGAAAUUGCCUGAUCUCCUCGAAUAUUCGCUAAACAAGAGCAUGAGUGUCAGCGAAUGUGAGUCAGAGUGCUUCAAGAAUUGCUAUUGCCUAGCCUAUGCAUAUUCAGAUAUUCGUGGAAAUGGUAGUGGUUGUUUCAUGUGGUUCGGGAAUCUGAUUGAUGUCCGGGAGAUGCCUCAAACGGAUAGUCAGCAAGAUAUCUAUAUACGGAUGCCAGCUUCAGAACUCUACAAUAAGAAGAAGACAAGACGUGUGCAUAUUUCUGUCUUAUCAUCACUACUUUCUGGAAGUCUCUUGCUUGGCUUCUUGAUCUGGUGUUUCGUCCAGAGUAGCAAAAAGAAAAAAGGAUCUGCGACCAAUGAGAUGGAUAUAGAUCUGCCAAUUUUUGAUCUAGUUACUAUUACUAUUGCAACUGAGAACUUCUCUUCAACAAAUAUGAUUGGAGAAGGUGGUUUUGGAAUCGUGUACAAGGGCACAUUAGCGACGGGACAAGAAGUUGCAGUGAAAAGACUUUCAAAGAACUCUGGGCAAGGUCUUCAAGAGUUUAAGAAUGAAGUAAUUCUUAUUGCCAAACUUCAACAUCGAAAUCUUGUCAAGCUUUUGGGAUGUUGCCUUGAAGGAGAUGAAAGGAUGCUUAUUUAUGAGUACAUGCCCAACGAAAGCUUGGACUAUUUCAUUUUUGAUCAACAUAGAAAAGCAUUACUUACACCGAAAAAGCGAUUGGAAAUUGUUAUGGGCAUUUCAAGAGGACUUCUUUACCUUCACCAAGACUCUAGAUUGAGAAUUAUACACAGAGAUCUUAAGGCGAGUAACAUUUUGCUAGAUAGUGACUUGAACGCCAAGAUUUCUGAUUUUGGCCUUGCAAGGAGUUUUGGUGGAGAUCACUCUGAAAUCAAUACAAAGCGACUAGUUGGAACACAUGGCUAUAUGUCGCCUGAAUAUGUUGUUGACGGGAUAUUCUCGGUGAAAUCUGAUGUCUUCAGUUUUGGAGUGCUUUUACUAGAGAUACUGAGUGGCAAAAAGAAUCAAACAUUCCAUCAUCCUGAACAUCAUCACAAUCUUUUAGGUCAUGCUUGGUUGUUGUGGAGAGAAGGCAGGGCAUUGGAACUAAUUGAUGACAUAUCGUUCGUCGAAUCUCAAGUGCUUAGAUGUAUUCACGUAGGUCUGCUAUGUGUUCAGAAACUAUCAGAAGACAGGCCAACAAUGCAAUCGGUUGUUGUCAUGUUGAGCAACGAAGGUGUGAAAUUGGCACAACCUAAAGAGCCCGGUUUUUUCAUGGAAAGGAGUUGCACUGAAAUGGAUAUCUCAACAAGUGAGGGAAAAUUUCAAACACAUAAUGGGGUGACAAUGAGUGAGCUGGAAGCAAGAUAAAGAAGGUGCAUACAUGUUGCCAUGUGAAUGAGUUGCAUACCAAGGAAUAGUUACUAGAUGAGUUGUUGUAUAGGGUGAUGAACUAUAUCUUGAAGCCUGUUUAGAAUUGGAGUUCUACAUUCACUUACGUUAAAUAAGGCGUGCUUGUAAGUAAUUUUGUCUUAAAUGGUUGAAUAAGAAUAAAGAUCUUUUCCUCCAAAA